UCCUGAUGACUGCCUGUCAUGUACUUUGUGGUUGAGAUUACUGAGAGUCAUUUUCUGUCUUCCCUUUUAGUUCCCGUAUGCUGCACCCUCUCCACAGGAGCCAGUGAAAACACUGCGCAGUCUGAUCAACAUCCGCAAGGACACGCUGCGUUUUUAGUAAGGUGUACAGAAGAAUUGAAGGCCAGCAGCGUGGAGGGCAGCCGUCCCAAAGUACAUUAUAAUGUGGAAUUUACAUUUGAUACCGACGCACGAGUGGCAAUUACUAUCUAUUACCAAGCAACUGAAGAGUUCCAAGGGGGAAUUGCCAGUUACAUUCCUAAGGCUAGCAACCUGCAGUCAGAAACUGUGUACUUCAAGAAAGGUGUCAGCCAACAAUUUUGCCUUCCAUCACAUACUGUAGACCCAUCUGAAUGGAGGGAGGAGGAGCUAACGUUUGACCUGGAUCGAGAGGUGUAUCCAGUGGUGGUUCACGCAGUGGUGGAAGAAGGUGAAGAACAUAUCGGUCACUCCCAUGUACUAAUGGCAACAUUUGAAAGGCAUGCAGAUGGCAGCUACUGUGUAAAGCCUCUGAAGCAGAAACAAGUGGUGGAUGGGGUCAGUUAUCUCUUACAGGAAAUCUACGGGCAUCGAAAAUAAAUACAAUUCACAGGACUCCAAGGUGACAGAAGAUGAAGUCAGUGACAACAGUGCUGAGUGCGUGGUUUGUCUGUCCGAUGUCCGUGAUACACUUAUUCUGCCAUGCAGGCACCUCUGCCUGUGCAAUACAUGUGCGGAUACUCUACGUUACCAGGCCAGCAACUGCCCUAUCUGCCGACUGCCUUUCCGAGCCCUUCUUCAGAUUCGGGCAAUGAGAAAGCUCCCUGGUCCUCAUUCGCCUGCUGGAUUCAGUCCAAUAAUUGCUGCCCCAACCUCAGACUCUGAAGAGCAUACGUCGGCUGAACACGUUCCUCCUGGGUAUGAGGUGGUUUCCCUCCUGGAAGCUUUGAACGGACCCCUGACGCCAUCACCAUCUGCCCCUCCAUUGAGGGCUCUGGGGGAGUCCCGGCGGCCUGGUGUGCUCCAGUCCUAUGGCAGCGAUAUUCAGCUCCCUCACCUACGGAUGCACUCACCUCUGCAGCACCUAUGUGGCAGCCAGGCUCUAAAGCUGAAGAAAAGUAUUUCCAGGUCAAUUUCCCAGAAUUCUUCUGUGUUACAAGAAGAUGAAAUGGAGAAAUCAUUUAGUGAAGCUGAGAUUCGAAGUCCUAGAAAAACACCUCAACUUGCUGAGGAGUCUGGAGCUACCCCAGAGAGUGAGAACCUGACUUUGUCUUCUUCCGGAGCCAUUGACCAGUCUUCCUGUACAGGGACGCCCCUUUCCUCCACCAUCACCUCUCCUGAAGACCCUUUGAGCAGUAGCCUGGCACAGUCCGUAAUGUCCAUGGCCUCGUCCCACAGCCAGCAGUCCCAGCUCAGCACAGACACAGUGUCCUCCAUGUCUGGCUCCUACACAGCUGGCGUGAUGGAGGAGGAGGAGGAAGACGGGAUCACGCCAUCACCUCCAGUAGCAGCCAGCGGUUCCCCGUCAGAAGAGGGAGAGCUAUCACCAGAGGGGCACUUUGUGACUGUGUCUGCAGAUGAAAUGGAUGCAGAGGGAAAUGUCACAGAAGAAGAGUUUGCAUCUCCAGAAGAGGAUGAUGGGCAGAGGACUGGCAGAGAGUGUGACAAUAACAAUGCAGCUCAUGUCACACUGGACGCUCUGGACAAUGUGCGGGGCUCUGAUGGCUGCCUGGCCGUUGCUGUACCGGACCCCCAGCCCAUUCCGAUUGGAGAUUAG